AACCAGUUGUUGCCGGACACUCCAGCAGACAAGCAGGACGGCGGUGGCGGACGCGAGCUGUAUGUCAACCAUCGAAAGCCCUGCAGUCAGGCUGAAAAGUCAGUGUGCAUCAAGAUCUCAAUUUUUUAUGAAACAGCAUUGCUGAGAGACGACAUCGCGGCUCCUUCGUCAAGGAUAAAGUGAUAGAGAUUCAAUGUUUAUCGCUGUGAAAAUCGGUUACGCUAUGGUGGUUCUGUGCCUUUUACUGAUGUCCUGGGCCAUCCUGGUCAAGGCAGGGCCAGUCGCCCUGAACAAUGGCAUCGUCAAUUACCCGAUGUCUCUUGGGGCGCAGCAGGAUGCGUCUGACGCCGUUCAGUAUCCUCCUUGCGCUUUCAAUCCUUUGUGCACCUGCUCCAAGACUGUGCCCGACCUCGGCAUCGUGUCCUGCAGGGAUGUACCUCUGGCGAGAGUUCCAUUGUCACUCAAUUCCUCACGGGUGUUUAUUCUCCGUUUAGAGAAUAAUGGUCUGAGGUGGAUUGAGCCGCAACUUUUGCAGAAUACCGGCUUAUACCGUCUGCAAAUCAGCGACAACCCUUUGCCCGAAAUGCCAGACGAUUCUCUCCAGGGUCUUGAAAGGUCUUUGUGGGAACUCGCUCUGCAACGUAACAGGCUGACUUCCGUUCCUAACAGGGCCAUUCGUUACCUCCGAAGACUCAGACUUCUGGAUCUAACUGGAAACGACAUUUACGAAUUAUUUCCCGAUUCUUUCCGUGGCCUUGAGGAAUCUCUCGAAACUCUCAUACUUGCUGAUAAUUCCAUCUCUUCUCUUCCACCUGGUGCCUUCAGCGAACUGAGCAGACUGGAAACUCUGGACAUGAGAGGCAAUGCUCUGCAAAAUUUAGACGCAGCUGCCUUACCACCUAGGAUUCAGCACCUCUCUUUGGCCGACAAUCUUCUUUCAUCGAUGCCGAUUGCUGCUUUGAAAACUGGACUGCGUUCGUUGGACUUAUCGAAGAACAGACUCACGAAAGUCUACCCUGAGGAAGAGGACGACGAAGCAGACCUCGAUCCUACCGUUGCAAGUGGCUCCGCUCAGGGUGGGAGAAAGAAUACGAACACUAUAAACUACCCAAAGAUUUCACUGGAUGUUUUGCGCCUGGAGUACAACUUCAUCUCUGAACUACCAGAAGCCUCCUUCAGAGCAUUCACCUCCGUCAAUUUCACCUUCCUUGAUGGAAACCCAAUCAACACCAUUUACGAUGACGCUUUCAAGGACGCAAGAAUUCGUGACCUGUCGAUGCGCGACUGUGGAAUUUCUUCCAUGCCACCUAAUGUAUUUGGCGGACUUGAGCAGAGUUUGCACUACCUCGACCUGAGCUCCAACAAUCUCAGUGAGCUCCCCCACGGAGUACUCGCCCGUUUACCUAACCUUCGAGGGCUUAACCUGAGAGACAAUCGCAUGAAAAUUGAGCCCUCUAUGUUUGACCACGAUUACUCUGGAGGACUGCCAUCUUCAGCUAACGUGAGGCAGAGCAACAGAAAUGCAGACGCCAACAAAAAGUCUGUGCACGGAAAUGCCCAAAAUCUGCACCACCUAGACGUUUCCGGACGCGAAAUGGACAUGUACUCCUCGGUUCCGGAGAUGAUGUUGCCCUGGAGUGGCCUUCGUGAGCUUUCCUUUGGCCGUUUCAAGGGAGGAAAAAAACUUUCCUCUGACGACUUCACUGAGUUGAGCCCUGAUGUUGAAGAGCUAAACUUCAUCAACUCUGGCCUGACCGGAAUUGAGCCUCACGCCUUCCGCAACGCCCGUGGUGUCAGACGCCUUGACGUGUCUGAGAAUUCAAUCAAGAACAUUGACAAUGACGCCUUCGUGGAAAUCGGCCACUCCCUGGAUGAGUUGCGAAUGCAUCGUGCCCUGAAGAUGGACUCCAUUCCCCACAAAGCCUUUAUGCAUCUGACUGGCACCAAGGAAAUGGAUCUCAGCGCCAACGGUCUGAAGAACAUACCCGAAGGUGCAUUCCAGACCCUGAAAGGACUCAGGCGCUUGAGACUGCACGACAAUCAAAUCGGUCGCAUUCCUAAAGGAUCCUUCCUCUCCGAAACUCAUUCCUAUCUGGAAGACGUUGACUUUUCCUUUAACAGCAUUGACCAUGUGUAUGUAGAUACUUUCAAGGAUCUGACUUCUCUGCGCGAAAUUCAUCUUGACGACAACAAAAUCGCUUCACUAGAGCCAAAAUCCUUCACAGACUUGCCACGUCUCCGCAUCUUGGAUCUGCAAGGAAAUCGUCUUCCUGAACUGAACACAGACACUUUCCAAAAUCUUCCCGAGCUUGAAGAACUUGAUAUUUCUUACAAUCACCUUAAACAGCUCAACUUUGCUGCUCUAGAUCAGGUGGGAACACUUGCUUCUCUACGAUUUAACGUUAGCCACAACAAACUUAAAGAACUCAAACCAGUUAAUAACUUGAUGGUCUCCAAUAGCAACAAUAACCAACAAGGAAAUUAUCACGUUAACGUGAAAAUUAUGGAUAUGAGCUUCAACAACAUUACGGAGAUCACUGGCGGAUUCUUUAGGCCAAUCGAGAGUGCUUUGACUUAUCUAAUGUUGAGCCACAACAGCAUGACAAACGCAACCCGCGAAGCAUUUGGUAACAUGCCCCAUCUUCAGUGGCUCGACCUUUCUUACAACAACCUGAAGGAGGUGGAUUUUGAUGCCUUCCGCCACACUCGCCGACUGCAGGUAUUAUACAUGCAAAAUAACGAUUUGUCCGAGAUCCCUGCCGAGUCUUUCCACGGCUUGACCGAUAUGCGAGUGGUCUCAUUCGCCAACAAUAACUUGCGCCAACUUCCUGAUGGUUUGCUCUUUGCCGCCUCCAAUCUCGAACGACUGGACGUUUCCAACAAUCAGCUCACUCGAGUGCCAAUUGGAGUGUUCAGCUCUGGCUCCGGCCGCUCGUUAUGCGAACUUGAUCUCUCUGGCAACCAGAUUGCCGCUCUUCAACCAACUGACGCCGUCAACAGGUUCAAGUCAUUGACCUUCCUUGACCUCUCCGACAACCGACUGACGCGCUUGGAUGACAGUACUUUCUUGGGAAUGUCACAACUGUCGUCUUUGCAUCUCAGCCACAACAACUUUGACUCCUUUGGACUCUCCAGCGCUCUUGCUGCUCUCGACUCCAGCCCCAGGCUUGUUGAGCUGAGCCUGGCUGGAUUAAAUUUGGACACCCUGCCGUCGCUUCCACCCCUCCCUGCUCUCAGGGAGUUGGACGCACGCGAAAACAUUUUGCCCGCUCUGCCCUCUGACCUGGCAGCCAAUCUUACUGGUCUACGUAUGCUGGAUGUUCGACACAACUCCCUAAAUACCUUGGGACAGGUUGGUCUCGGUGGAGGUUUGAUCCUUCCUCAGCUGCGAAGCCUCAAGAUCGCUCACAAUCCUCUCGGUUUGAUCACCGAUGCUUGCUUGGCCACAGCCACCCGCCUAGGAGAACUGGACAUUCGCAACCUAACCCAACUGACCGCCAUCGAGAACGGCGCCCUGUCAAAAAUGAACCAUCUGCGCACCCUGAAGAUUGGAACUUUCAACAUGGCUCGCGACUUCAAUAUUCCGCGCAUCGUCAAGCAUAACAUUGCUCUGAAGAAUUUGUACAUUGAAGUUGAUUCACGAGAAAAGGAUCUAAACGACAAGAUGAACGGAGUUUUCCCCACAAAGCUGUCAGCCGUUUACUUCAGUGGCAACUCUCUGAAGUCAAUUGGAACUAGUGUUCUCCAGGGAAUUCGCAAUCCUCGUCUCCACAUUGGCAUCCACAACACAAGUGUUGAGGCGAUCCCCAAGGCCUUCUUCAAUCAGCUUGGCCGCGCUCGAAACCUGACUCUGGACGUGCGCAACAACACCCUGAAAAGCAUGGCCAAUCCCAACAGUGGUGAACGUCCUGGUGCACCAAAGUCCGUUUUCCUGACUAGUCUGAAGAUGUCCGGCAACAAGUGGAACUGCGACUGCGAACUUGGAUGGGUCGAGGUGUGGCAGCGCAAGAAGAGGCAAUUCCUGUGCCCGGACGGCGACCGAUACGAUUGCGAGUACGGCGCGGAGGACGACCUGCGCAACUCGCAGUGCGAAAACAAGCAGAAAAAUUCACUCAUCGAGAUCCUGAAGACCGACCUGGAGUGCGGGUGGUCUUCGGGCAGCGUGCCCUUGGCGGCCCAGAAGGCCGUGGUCAUCAUUCCAGCGAUUGCCCUAGUCAUUAUGUCCGUCCUGUAUUAGAAAAAACAUAGUCUGCUCGCACUUUUUGCUGGACGUCGAUGCAAAAUUAAAAAACCUAAUAUGUCGAAGUCUUCUAAAAAAAGUGUAGCUCAGCAUUUUUCCCAAGUGUGCAAAUUAUAUAUAAAAUCAAUUUAUUCAAAAUUCUGGUCACCUUUUGUAUGUUUGAUAAUGUUUAAAAAUCAAUUUUUUUCUUGUUUCGCGCUUAUUUGAGGUUUUUAUUUUUAUAGAGCAUAUUUGUAAUAUUAUUCGAGUCUGACACUUUCAGGCAGCUGCCCCCCAUCGCCCUUCGACCCCAUAUAGCGGAUCCGUUCAUUAAUCAUCAUUUUUUGCUCACAUUUUAAUCUAAUUUUUAUUGAAAUGAGCGCCCUCAAGAGUGUGAAUUAGCAAUUUUCACCGUUAAUUAGAUGGAGAAAAAAAUCUUUAUUGGCCACUUUUCAACCAUCUCAACUGUUCGCAUUCUUUUGUUGGUGGUUAUUAAUAAAAAUUUAUGUGAUUUGA